AUGGCUUCUUCUGAUAAAAAAUACACUUCAACAUUACCGAAACUGUACCAGUAUCCGAAUUGGGAGUUGCCAGCAGAAAGUGUUAUCAAAACUCAUUCAUUGUUAGCAUUAUCUGGUUGUGAAGAAAUUCUGCAGAAGAAACAAUCAAGUAUUCCAGAAUCAGUUGGUCUAGCUCGUCCAGAUGCUUGCUGUGUUUUACUGAAUGAAAGUUUUUAUGAUUUAUUGAUUAAAGAGCAUUAUCGAUUGAAUGAAUGUCAUUUAGUAGAAGACAGUGGAACACAUGAAGACGAGGAAGAAGAAGAUUUCCGUCGUCAAUUAGAAUGUAUAAGAAUGGAGUUGGAUAAACAACCGUGUGAACAAAGGAAUUUAGAGUUGAAAAAUCAAUCGACGAAGAUCUUUCCUGCUUUAAAUCAAUUAAAACAUGGCGAUAUAAUACAAUUCCGAAAUGAACGAUUGCAAUUUUCCUAUUAUGUUUAUCAAGCAAAAAAGGGAACAUUUGACCAAUUAUUAAAUCAAUUCAAACUUCAUGUUACAAAUCUUCUCGAAGGAAACGAUUCUCCAAUUAAGAAUUUGCAAUCAUUGCAAACAAAUGACUAUGAAUGGAUUUUGAUUCCAUCAAUUGAACCUGAUGGUUAUGGUAUUCCAUCGAUAUUUAGUGAUGCUCCAUUACAUCAUUUCGGACAUUUAUCACCUGGCGUCAUGUAUCGUUGGAUCUAUGUGAAUUUGAUUGAUUCAUCGAUGCCUAUUUAUGAUUAUAUUCAUCGAGAUAUUGAAUUGAAAAAAACCUGUCCAACUUAUCGAACGUUGGUGAAUGAGGCUGGCGUUACUGAUAGUUUAAUUACUGAUGAAGAUGGUGAAGAGAUGACUAUUGAAGAUUUAGAAACCUUUCCGAUUAGUUACGUCUGUCUUUAUGCAGAAGUCCUAUCAAAAUUAAAUAUCGAAUGGAGAAAAAUUGAUUCAAAUAAUUAUUGCAAUCGGAAUUCGGCUAUGUACCUAUUAGCUAAAUGGAUCCGACAACUGCAAUGA